AUGGGUAAUGCGACUUCCAGUGUCGCCUGCGCUGCUGGUGCUACUACUAUUGUGACGGACGACAAGAAUAAGAAGGGACGCUUUGAAUGGAAGAUGUGGUGCUCGGAAGAGGGGCACAUCGAUCGAUGUAGGGGAGGUACGACGAGGUGCAAGUACCGCGUGAGUGUAGAAGACGUGGCAGGAUCGGUCGACGAUUGCGAGAGAGUGCCAAUCAGCUCAGAGACUAUUCAUGAAGUAUUGUCCCUUCGUUAG